AAGAUAAAUUUCUGUCAGUAUAAGUACCGUAUACAUAGAUACCGUAUUAGUUCCGGGUUUUAAUUUAUCGGAUCACGUGAUUGUAGUAAUUUGGACAAAAUGGCGACACUUGAUGUCAGAUUGAAGAAAGUUAACAAAAUUUACAAAGAGGGGGAUGUUGUGGCAGGGGUUGUUGUUGUACAGAGCAAGGGAGAGUUGGCUCAUCAAGGAGUUACCCUCACCAUGGAAGGUUCUGUUAAUCUACAACUAAGUGCCAAAAGUGUUGGAGUGUUUGAAGCCUUCUACAAUUCAUUGAAGCCUAUUCAAUUAUUGUUUUACCCCCUUGAAGUUGCAAAACCAGGAAAGUUUCCAAAUGGUAAAACUGAGAUUCCAUUUGAAGUGCCAUUAAAACCUAAACCAAACAAGACACUUUAUGAGACAUAUCAUGGUGUAUUUGUUAAUAUUCAGUACCAAAUAAAAGUUGAUAUGAAAAGGUCAUUACUGAAUAAAGAUCUAAGCAAACAGUGUGAAUUUAUUGUGGAAUAUAAG